AUGCAGGACGAAACGAAGCGACGCCGUGUAUUCUGGGCAAAAAAACCGCAGGGACCGGCGCAGUCAGCCACCGUCUCGCAGGAGUGCAUUACGACGUACAAUGAGCUGAAGCUUGGCAAGAACAUCAAGUACAUCAUCUUCAAGCUCUCAGACAACAACAAGGAGAUCGUGGUUGAGGAGGCCUCGGGCGACUCCGACUGGGAGAACUUCCGCAACAAGCUCGUCAACGCUACCGUCAAGUCGCCAAGCGGUGCUGUUGGCAAGGCUCCCCGUUACGCUGUCUACGACUUCCAGUACACUCUGGCUUCGGGCGAAGGUGAACGGAACAAGAUUACCUUUAUUGCGUGGUCUCCUGAUGAUGCUGGUGUCAAGCCCAAGAUGAUCUACGCCGCGUCCAAGGACGCCCUAAAGCGCGCCCUGAACGGCAUCGCUCACGAACUGCAAGCCAACGACGCCGACGACAUCGAAUACGACUCCGUCCUGAAGACCGUCAGCAAGGGCCUGGCUUAAGCGUGGAUAUGCCCUGGGGGUUCUGUGUUCCUUCGCCGCGUUUUUAGUAGAGAGAAGAGUCGAGAGGAGUGUUUUCUAGACGAACAAAAGAGGCCAGGGGAUAGAGUGCGUCGUACAGCCGGGAUAGGUUUAGGCGUGCUCAUCUAUAAAUUCAAGCCCGUUCUACGUCGCGUGCGAAGGUUUACUUUUCUUGUUCUUGUCUUGCUCUUUUUUUGCAGUCUGACACCCAAGCUGUUCUCUGAUGAAACUAGUUCCCAGACAUAUAUUCAAUAAAUGCGAAAGAAGGCGUCUUUGAC